CGGUAAUCGUUUACCCACAAAGCACCGCGGCACUUCCUUUCUUCUCGGUGGUGCAGCGGUCCAAAAUGUCGAUGUUAGAUGGUCCGUUAAAUGUGCUCGGCCAGAGAACUACUGGCGAGUCUGUUCGCACUCAGAAUGUCAUGGCUGCAUCAUCCAUCGCCAACAUCGUCAAGAGCUCCCUGGGACCGGUGGGCCUCGACAAGAUGUUGGUGGACGACAUAGGGGACGUCACCAUCACCAACGACGGGGCCACCAUCCUGAAGCUGCUGGAGGUGGAGCAUCCUGCCGCCAAGGUCCUGUGUGAACUGGCUGAGCUGCAGGACAAGGAGGUCGGAGAUGGGACCACCUCUGUGGUCAUUCUCGCUGCUGAGCUGCUCAAAAGUGCAGAUGAGCUGGUGAAGCAGAGGAUUCACCCCACGUCUGUCAUCAGCGGAUAUCGCUUGGCUUGCAAGGAGGCGGUGCGUUACAUAAAUGAGAAUCUGACCAUUGGGACAGAUGAGCUGGGAAGAGAAUGUCUGAUCAAUGCAGCCAAGACCUCCAUGUCUUCCAAAAUCAUCGGAGUCGAUUCAGACUUCUUCGCCAACAUCGUGGUGGACGCCGCCAUGGCUGUGAAGUUUGUCGACAACAAAGGCGUGGCCAAAUACUCCAUCAACUCUGUGAAUGUGUUGAAAGCUCACGGCCGCAGCCAGAAAGAGAGUUUCCUGGUCAAUGGCUACGCGCUGAACUGUACGGUCGGGUCGCAAGAAAUGGUGAAGCGUGUCGUAAACGCUAAGAUAGCCUGCCUGGACUUCAGCCUGCAGAAGACCAAGAUGAAGAUGGGGGUCCAGGUCAUCAUCAACGACCCGGAGAAACUCGACCAGAUCAGACAGCGGGAAUCUGACAUCACCAAAGAGAGGAUCCAGAAAAUUUUGGCAGCGGGAGCAAAUGUGGUGCUGACCACCGGUGGCAUUGAUGACAUGUGUCUGAAGUACUUUAUAGAUAGCGGAGCCAUGGCAGUGAGACGGGUUCUCAAGAGGGACCUUAAACGCAUCGCAAAGGCAACAGGAGCCACUGUCUGCCCGUCCCUGUCCAAUCUGGAAGGAGAAGAAACGUUUGAAGCAACCAUGCUCGGUCAGGCUGAGGAGGUUGUGCAGGAUAGAAUCUGUGAUGACGAGCUCAUUCUCAUCAAGAAUACAAAAGCACGCUCAUCAGCCUCCAUCAUCCUGCGUGGAGCCAACGACUUCAUGUGCGACGAGAUGGAGCGCUCGCUGCACGACGCUCUCUGCGUGGUGAAGAGGGUCCUGGAGUCCAAGUCCGUUGUGCCAGGAGGAGGCGCUGUUGAGGCCGCUCUGUCGAUUUACCUGGAAAACUACGCUACCAGCAUGGGUUCCAGAGAGCAGCUCGCCAUUGCUGAGUUUGCCAGGUCUCUCCUCGUCAUACCCAAGACUCUGGCUGUGAACGCAGCGCAGGACUCCACCGACCUGGUGGCCAAACUGAGGGCUUUCCAUAAUGAGGCUCAGGUCAACCCCGAGCGCAAGAAUCUCAAAUGGAUCGGUCUGGACUUGGUGAACGGAAAACCCAGAGACAACCGUCAGGCUGGAGUGUAUGAACCCACCAUGGUCAAGACGAAAAGCCUGAAGUUCGCCACCGAGGCUGCCAUCACCAUCCUCCGUAUCGACGACCUCAUUAAACUCUUCCCAGAGCCCAAAGAGGGUGGGAGGUCCUACAGAGAUGCUGUAGAAUCCGGAUCUCUGGAGGGUUGAACUGUUCGCUGGUGCCUGUAGGUUCAACAUCUGUAUUUAUAAGUUACUGAGCUUGCUGGCUAGCGUAGGCCAUGCACUCUGCAUCUCUACAUUUCUCCCACUCCCAUCGUCCUUGGAGUUCAUUCUUCCAAAGGAACUGUUAGUGACUGUUUUGUUUUUGGACACACAAAUAAAGCUUCAGUGGUUGUAAA